AUAUCGACGAAUGCAAAGUGCUGCCCAAACUUUGCCACCACGGCCAGUGCAUCAACACCGUGGGCUCCUUCCGCUGCCACUGCGACCUCGGCUACACCCUGGACAUCACCGGGACCCUCUGCCAGGACCUGGAUGAGUGCAGCCAGUCCCCCAAGCCCUGCAAUUUCAUAUGCAAGAAUUCGAAGGGCAGCUUCCAGUGUUCCUGCCCCAGAGGGUACAUCCUGCAGGAAGAUGGCAAGACAUGCAAAGAUUUGGACGAGUGUUCCACAAAGCAGCACAAUUGUCAGUUCCUUUGUGUGAAUGUCAUUGGGGGCUUCAACUGCAAAUGCCCCCCGGGAUUCACCCAGCACCAUUCUUCCUGCAUCGACAACAACGAGUGCAACGCUCAGCCAACAUUGUGCGGGUCCAAAGGACACUGUCUGAACACCCCCGGCAGCUACAACUGCGAAUGCCAGAAGGGAUUUACCCUGGAUAACUCAGGAAGCAGUUGCGAAG